AUGGUCUCCCAACACCACGCACGUCAUGAGAUUCACCGCGGCCAGCGUGAUCGCCGCUACCACGAGCUUGUGCAUGUUGUACUUGUGAAGGCUCGGCCGAAGCGUUUGCUGGAGGGCGCCUACCACGGCGCUGCCGAUCGCGCCACCGAGCUGCAGCACAAGAAGGAUGAACCCGAUAACGAUGGACACCUCAUCGUGAGGCACCGCUGCCUGCGCCACGGUGAGCAUGUUGGCGGUCAUGAGCCCGCCGCCCAGGCCCAUCAGGACCUGCGGAGUCACGACUUGGAACGUCGAUGGGCUGGCCACCCGAUACUUUCUCAUCCGGCCCAGGCCUAUGAUGCGGAUGCCUGCCCUAGAAACGGUCAGGAGCUUGUACCGGCCGGUGUACGUCGCGACGAACCCGGCGAGCAGGUUGAAGACGAUGAGGCACAGGGAGUGGAUGGGCUGCUGUUGUAG